CUCGUUAGUCAAAGCGGAAACGAUGCAGCAAGUAACCGUCGGGAUUACAUUCGUUAUCCUUUAGAAGAUGCAAAAUUGCGCCAUCGGACCCACUCUUGACUAGGGUUCGCCCAUGUAUAAAUUACGCGGACCUACAUACCUCCUGACUCGAAACUUGCCUUGUCUUGCCAUCUUCACCACCGAUGACUUUGACCUUCGCUCAUCCACCACACCUAUCUGAGGUGGCCCGACGCGCAAAACCUUCUUCAUCUGCUCCCACCCCUUCGGCUACCUCGUCUCCGGAGGAUCCCCAUCAACUUCCGGUCUACGACUCAGGAGCACCUGUUCUCUAUCUACCUCCGCUACUCUCCUCUCUUCCUAAAAACGUCCCGGCAGUUCCUCUUUCUUCUGAAAACCCGCCCUUGAUCACCGAAACCCAUCUUCCGGACAUUGAUCCUGCUUCUCUAUCGCUUCACAAAGCCCUUCAUAAUUUCCAUCCCAUCGACGCCAAUUACGCGUCGACUCCCUACAAGAAUGCUUUCAAUUGGUCUCAACUGACCCUCCCGGAAGAUGAAGAAAGAGAAUGGUAUUGCGUCGUUUUCCGAAGCAAAAGGAAGGCUGGGAGUGAUGGUGGAUGUCAGUACCUGUUUCAGCUCGUCAUUGUUGUUCUUAAUUCAUUAUUCCUCCCCUUUGAAGCCCUGUAUGAAGCAGACAAGAAGGCUCACGAGGAAGCCGUACGAAACGGAGGGUUGAUCAUGUACUGGUAUGGAAUACCCAACCAAGAGACAGGCAUGAACCUUGCGACCUGUAUAUGGCAGAGUAGAAAACACGCCAUUGCAGCCAACUCACGUCCUCAUCAUCUAAAGGCGAUGAAGCUGGCUAAAGAUUCGUAUGAGAUCUAUAAUUUGGAGCGAUAUGUGUUGAGGAAGCCGAAGGGAGAUACACACGUGGAGAUUACGUCUUUUGAUGGCGGAGAAGUUGGAUGGUAGAUUCGGACCGGUCACGGUUAUACCCAGUUUGCCUUGUAAUUUGCUAUCGCGCUGUCCCACUCGUUUUAGUUUACCUAGCGGCAUAUAGAAUAGGUUAUUUGUAUGUAGGUAGAGUCAUAGACAAGUAUUCACGAUGGAACAUUUUUGAAGAGAC